CUCCCUGGACCACCCGCCGCCGCCCCCCCCAAGUCCAUGCCCGGCUCCCUGCUUGGCGCUGACAUGGCUGAGAGCUGCUCGCCGCCCUCUUCUGCUGUGGCCCUGGCCCCUGAGCCGGGAGUCACAGAGCAGCCGGGGCCCCGGAGCCCCCCGCCCUCCCCUCCAGGCCUGGAGGAGCCCCAGGAUGGAGCCAACGCAGACGUCCCUCACCCGGACCUGGCGCCUGUUGCCUUCUUCUGUCUGCGACAGACCACCAGCCCCCGGAACUGGUGUAUCAAGAUGAAGUUGCUGACUGCCAGUGGCCGGCUGGCCCGGGAAGCCCUCAGGGGUGAACCCCAGCUCUGCACUGGAACUGAGGACGGAGUCUUUGACGACUUCAUCUUCAUCUUCUUUGCCAUGGAGAUGGUGCUCAAGAUGGUGGCCCUGGGCAUUUUUGGCAAGAAGUGCUACCUUGGGGACACGUGGAACCGCCUGGACUUCUUCAUCGUCAUGGCUGGGAUGGUGGAGUACUCGCUGGACCUUCAGAACAUCAACCUGUCGGCCAUCCGCACCGUGCGUGUCCUGAGGCCCCUCAAAGCCAUCAACCGUGUGCCCAGUAUGCGGAUCCUGGUGAACCUGCUCCUGGACACGCUGCCCAUGCUGGGGAAUGUCCUGCUGCUCUGCUUCUUCGUCUUCUUCAUCUUCGGCAUCAUCGGCGUGCAGCUCUGGGCCGGCCUGCUGCGCAACCGCUGCUUCCUGGAGGAGAACUUCACCAUACAAGGGGAUGUGGCCCUGCCCCCCUACUACCAGCCGGAGGAGGACGACGAGAUGCCCUUCAUCUGCUCCCUUUCGGGGGACAACGGCAUCAUGGGCUGCCAUGAGAUCCCUCCGCUCAAGGAGCAGGGCCGCGAGUGCUGCCUGUCCAAGGACGACGUCUACGACUUCGGGGCGGGGCGCCAGGACCUCAACGCCAGCGGGCUCUGUGUCAACUGGAACCGUUACUACAACGUGUGCCGCACGGGCAGCGCCAACCCCCACAAGGGGGCCAUCAACUUCGACAACAUCGGCUAUGCCUGGAUCGUCAUCUUCCAGGUGAUCACUCUGGAAGGCUGGGUGGAGAUCAUGUACUACGUGAUGGAUGCCCACUCCUUCUACAACUUCAUCUAUUUUAUCCUGCUCAUCAUAGUGGGCUCCUUCUUCAUGAUCAACCUGUGCCUCGUUGUCAUAGCGACCCAGUUCUCGGAGACCAAGCAGCGGGAGCACCGGCUGAUGCUGGAGCAGCGGCAGCGCUACCUGUCCUCCAGCACGGUGGCCAGCUACGCCGAGCCGGGCGACUGCUACGAGGAGAUCUUCCAGUACGUCUGCCACAUCCUGCGCAAGGCCAAGCGCCGCGCCCUGGGCUUCUACCAGGCCUUGCAGAGCCGGCGCCAGGCCCUAGGCCCGGGGGGCCCCGCCUCCCCCCAGCCCGCGCCCCGCGCCAAGGAGCCCAGGCACUUCACACAAGCAGAGCUGGCCAGUCCAGCAGGUUGA